GCUCGAACACAGUCUGUUUUAUUUGCCCAGCGUUGCUUGUCGCGUGCGGAACCGAGAUCUCAAAAAAAUCCCAGAUCUCAAAAAGGUAUGGGUCUGGAAUUUGCCGUACUGGUAUCACUAAUCGCCUUGGCCGGGGGACAGUUUCUGCCGGAGAACACUUGCCCCGAAUACUUUCAAUAUGUCAACGAUCCAUUCACGGGUCUCCAGGGCGAGAUUACGCUGCCCACUUUGUCGCAGGGUCGCAUCAAUGUGCGAUUCUGGCAGUUGGGUAAUAAUGAUGCCUCAGCCGUGGGUAACCUGAACCCGUAUCCAGAUGAUGAUUCAAUCAAAAGGGCAAGGGGACCCUAUAAGUUCCGAGUCUCCCUCAGAUGGAAUCCGCCCAAAUUGACCUUACUCUCUUUCAACGGUCAGCUGUUGUGCUCGGCGAGGGAAGACGCUGGCGGGCAAAAUGAGACCUACUUCAAUCGCUUCUAUGUGAUUUUCCGCAGUGAACCACUGUCGCCGUUUCCUUCAAUCGUAUCGAAUCCCAUUCCCAGAGGUGGCACCAAUGUGGAUGUGCAAUCCGUAUUCUACUCCACUAAUGGCGGUGAUUUUGAGCCGGCUUUUCGGCAACCCUGGCGGACAUUCUCCGAUAGAAGACCUUCUUUGAGACCUCAGUUGGCCAGCCCAGCGCCCACGCCAACGGAGAUUUUUUGGGAUCCACCUGCGAGAUCUGUGCCACUUUUACCACCACCGGUUGCCAGCAAUCCUCCGCCGAUUGCCACCAAUCCUCCACCAAUUGCAACCAGUCCACCGCCGAUUGCCACCAAUCCUCCGCCGGUUGCGCCACCCCAAAACUUCAAUCCACGAACAUCUUCAUCACUAAUAACUUGCGGCAGGGAGGGCAGUUUGAUUCCGUUUAUCGUGCGGGGCGAGGAGUACCCUCGUGGUCAGUAUCCCUGGCUAUCGGCCGUCUUUCACAAGGUGUCGCGUUCCCUGAGCUUCAAGUGCGGAGGCUCCCUGAUCUCCGCCAGCAUUGUCAUCACUGCCGCCCACUGUGUGCACAAGAUGUCGGAGAACAACGUGGUCAUAGGACUCGGACGCUACGAUCUGGAUGACUAUGCAGAGGAGGGCGCCGAGAUGCGAAAUGUGAGGCGAUUGCUCUGGCAUCCGGAGUACAGUACCCGAUCCUAUUCCGAUGCGGACAUCGCCCUGAUCACGAUUGAGCGGGCAGUCACGUUCAGCGACAUUAUAGCGCCCAUUUGCAUGUGGACUGCGGAGGCGAGCAGUACGGCGAGCUCCUCUGGCUUCAUUGCGGGAUGGGGUCGGGAUGAGUCGGACUCCCGGACGCAGUAUCCCCGGGUGGUGGAGGCGAAGAUCGCCAGUCCCACGGUCUGUGCCAGCACCUGGCGGGGAUCGAUGAUGGUGACGGACCGCAGUCUGUGCGCGGGAAACCGCGAUGGAUCUGGUCCCUGUCUGGGCGACUCCGGCGGAGGACUGAUGGUCAAGCAGGGCGAUCGGUGGCUGCUCCGGGGCAUUGUUUCCAUCGGGGAACGCGGACCCUCCAACAAGUGCCAGCUGAACCAGUAUGUACUCUACUGCGAUCUGUCCAAGCAUAUCGACUGGAUAAACGAUAAUAUCCGCUGAGUUACGUGAUUACUUUGUACACACUUAGAUUAAAGAAACCUCAAACCAAA